AUGGAGGACGAAGAAAACGUUGAGGAGGAACUGCUGCUUGUGGAGUCAGAACUUGAUGACAUUCAAGGACAAAUUAAAAGAUUACUUGACCGCCAAGAGGAGCUGUAUGAGCGCCAGUCACAAUUAAAGGCUUUGCUGGAAGUAUCAAAAGUGUCCAGAAAUAAAUCAAAUUGCAAAUCUUCAGUUACUCUGGAAGACUGGUCUGGGAGCUUCCCAUGGGAUUCUCAGGCUGAUGAUACCCGAUUGAAUAUAUUUGGCAUCACAUCAUACCGGUCAAAUCAACGAGAAAUAAUUAACGCAGUCAUGAGUGGAAGAGAUGUUCUGGUAAUAAUGGCUGCUGGUGGAGGGAAGAGCCUGUGUUACCAACUCCCAGCUGUACUUCGUGAUGGAAUUGCAUUGGUUGUCAGCCCUCUACUUUCUCUUAUCCAGGACCAGGUCAUGGGACUGACAGCUUUAGGUAUACCAGCAUACAUGCUGACUUCAACUACCAACAAGGAAGUUGAAAAGUUCAUCUAUAGGGCACUUGAUAAAGGUGAAGGGGAGCUGAAGAUACUGUAUGUGACACCAGAAAAGAUAUCAAAAAGUAAAAGGUUCAUGUCUAAGGUUGAGAAAUGCCAUCAUGCUGGACGUCUUUCUCUUGUUGCAGUUGAUGAGGCACAUUGCUGUAGUCAAUGGGGCCAUGAUUUCCGUCCAGACUACAAGAAUCUUAGUAUCUUAAAGAUCCAAUUUCCCAGUGUUCCCAUGAUAGCUCUAACUGCAACUGCAACAAGUAAAGUCCAAACAGAUUUGAUAGAGAUGCUUCAUAUACCAAGAUGUGUCAAAUUUGUCAGCACAGUUAACAGGCCCAACCUCUUCUAUAAGGUGUAUCAAAAAUCGCCAGUUGGAAAGGUUGUCAUUGAUGAGAUCGCAAAUUUUAUAACUGAAUCAUACCCAAAUAAUGAAUCUGGAAUUGUGUAUUGCUUUUCAAGGAAGGAAUGUGAACAGGUCGCAAAAGAAUUGCGUGAUAGGGGUGUUUUGGCAGAGCAUUAUCACGCUGAUAUGGAUAUUGUUGCUCGUGAGAAAAUUCACAUGCGUUGGAGCAAAGGACAAUCACAGGUCAUUGUUGGAACAGUGGCGUUUGGAAUGGGAAUCAACAAACCAGAUGUUAGAUUUGUGAUUCAUCAUAGCCUUAGCAAGUCUAUGGAGACAUACUACCAGGAAAGUGGUCGGGCAGGGCGGGAUGGAUUACCUUCAGAGUGUGUUUUGUAUUAUCGACCUGGUGAUGUUCCACGGCAGAGUUCAAUGGUCUUCUAUGAAAACUGUGGCCUUCAAAAUCUAUAUGACAUUGUGCAAUACUGUCAGUCUAAGAGCUGCCGACGUGGUGCUUUCUUUCGGCAUUUUGGAGAGGCUCUGCAGGACUGCAAUGGAAUGUGUGACAAUUGUGCUUCUAGUAUUGAGCUCAAGAAUAUAGAUGCCACGUGCCAUACCAAAAUUCUAGUUUCACUUCUACACGACUUGCAACUUAAUGACCAAAGGGCUACACUGUUGCAGCUGGUGGAUAAGUUCAAGGUGAAGUGGAAAGGUUUAGGUCGCUCGAAUCAACCUGUUGAUCUUAAAAGAGAAGAAAUUGAGCAGUUGAUAGUACAGCUUAUAGUUGACCGCGUUUUGAAAGAAGAAUUUCAACAUACAGCAUAUUCGACCAAUGCGUAUGUUACAUUAGGACCAUUGUGGAAGCCAGCACUGGAAGGGAACCGACCAGUGAAGCUUGAGAUUGCUGUUUUGAGUUCUCAAGCUAGAGCUGGAGGUGGUGAUACGUCCAAAGGCACAAAACGUAGCCGAAUGAGCGAUCUGGAAGCUAAACUUGAUGAACUGCGCAGGGAGUUGUCGUCCUCUAGUACCGGGGGCAUAAGCAUAUUUCCCCAUGCAGUUCUCUCCACUCAGCAGAUUUCGCUCCUGAGCUGCCAGAAGCCAACCACUGAGGCCGAGCUAGAGAAGGUCAUUGGGAAGGUGAAGACCGAGAAGUAUGGCGGCAGGAUCAUUGAGCUGAUGCAGUCCCAUAUUGCCGAUCCAGGGGCUGGUAAUGGAUCUGAUGCUAAGCGGAGGCCCAAGAAAGAUAAGGACGUUGUCUGUGUCGAGAGUAGCGACGAUGAAUAG